CACGUUACACUUAAACGCACAUUCUGUACUAAUAUAUGUUACUAUAGCUAGACUUGCCAUUCGCUUAACUGCAAAUAGAAACACCCGAAGUUCCACAAAUAAAAAAUUAAUUACUGCAUGGCUUUAUUAUCCAUAGAUGACUUGCUUAUUAACUUAUACAGCACUCCUGUGUUAAGGCAACAGUGGGCAGAUCUCCGUCGUAUAACCCUGAGGAGCAACUGAACGAAAGCUUCGCCUAAUCUGAUUGCCAGAAAGGCGUGUUUGUCUAGAUACACAGACUGCCUGUGACGCGACAGAGAACAACAUCUCAAUUCACAGGCUGCUUUUGAAGACCUGAUUCUGCCCUUCUGGCUUUGAUAGCCGAUCCACAGUACAAGCUUGCCACAUGGGGAGCGAAUUGCCUUGCUGUCCUCUCCUCUCCGCCGCACCUGGCGCUGCGAACCAGCCGUUUGGCGUGCGCUCCUACCUGCACCUCUUCUACGAGGACUGUGCCUUCUCCAGGGCCCAAGACGAUGACGAUGAUGAUGACGAUGAGGAGUCAGCGGAAGAAGCCCUGACUUGGGGACUAUGGCUCUGGCUCCUUUGGAGGGCCAGCCUGGCGGUGGGGGUUCUGCUGGCAGUGAUGGGCUCCUUGGCGCUGGGUGCCGGCCUGCUCCUGCCCCCACGCAUCGAGGGUUUCGGGGACGGCGAGCUGCUGCUGGUGGACGAGCGCGCCGUCGGACACAACGGGGUCCUGCUGGCCUGCCAGCUGGCGGGGGGGGUUCUGCUGGGGCUUGGCGUUGGCGUGCUCCUGGGCUGUGUCCUGACGCGGCGUGCUGGCCAGCCCAGGGACGACGGCAGGGGGCUCUGUGCCGGCAAGCCGCAGGGAGCCAAUGUAUCCCCCAUCCACUCCAUGCUGCCCUCCAGCCUGUCCCAGACGUUUAGCACGCAGCCCAAAGCAGGCCCCUGAGCAGCCGGGGCAGAAGGGCUCAGCCUCCAUCUGCAUACAGUAUGUCACCUGCACAUGUCCCAUCUGUCCAUUCUUUAGUCCAAACGUCAAGGAGCACCUUUAUCUACAGCAUUAUAAGUAAGUUGAUCUGAAAGGACGUGGCUUUUCAUUCAGGGAUUCUUAAAGUGAAAUAUGUACAGUUGUGUCCUAGUGAAAAUGCGCUUUUUUUGCACAUGCCUUGUUUUUAAUAAAAACGCAAGUCUGAA